GGAGUGUGUCAAUGCUCCUCGGUGUCCUCCAGAAAUACAGAGUGUACGUGCUGCAGGUGCUGGCGUACACACGGAUGGGAGACGGCCCCCCCAGCAACCCCAUUCUGAUCAGAACCAAAGAAGAUGUUCCAGGCCCCCCUGUCAGGAUGGUGUUUCCAGAAGUUCGAUUGUCAUCCGUUAGGGUGGUUUGGCAGCCACCCGCGUUCCCCAACGGCAUCAUAUUAGGCUACCAGAUCUCCUACCGCCUCGACAGCAGGGACCCUCAGCGCUGGACCACAGUGGAGGUGGGCUCCAACGCUCGCCAGUUCACCGUCACAGGACUUGCCGCUGAGCAGAGCUACGUGUUCCGACUCACUGCUCGCACUGCCGUGGGCUGGGGCGAGGAGCAGCAAGCUCUGGUUGUUACCACCGAACGCAGAGAGCGUCCCCAGCCACCCAGGAAGCUGUCUGUUCCACAGGAUGAAGUUGAAGCCCGCCGACUCCGCCUCCACUGGGUGAACGGCGGCUCAGGCUCCUCUCCGCUGAGGUACUUCACUCUGCAGGUCAAGGAGCUGCCUAGCGGGGACUGGAGCACACACACAGCUGACGUCCCACACAACGUGACCACAUGGACCGUUGACAGCCUAAAGCCCUUCACAUCCUACAAAUUUCGGAUGUUGGCCACCAAUGAUGUGGGAGACAGUGUCCUCAGCAGAGAGACGGACGCUGCUACAACUCUGCAGGAUGUGCCUGAUGAGCCUCCAGUGAUUCUCACAGUGAAGCCAACAACUACUACCUCAGUGCUGGUGCAGUGGAAGCGUCCCAGUGACGACAGCGUUAAUGGGGUUCUGACUGGAUACCGGCUAUAUUAUAGAGAGCUCCCAAUGAACAUCUCCACUCUGACAUCAGCAGACAUCCAGACAACCAAAAACAACACCACAAGUGCCCUCAUCACAACCAAGAGCACCUUCAAGACAGUCAGCAGUGCCUCGCUCACAGAGUUUGAAUUGACACAGCUAAAGAAGUUCCAACGCUAUCAGAUUGUCAUGACAAGCUACAAUAUCAUCGGAGAGAGUCCACCCUCCACUCCAGUUGAGGUGUCUGUUGGAGAGGCAGCUCCAUCAGUGGCUCCUCAGUCUAUCAGAGUGUCAGCUGCGUCUCCCUCCACCCUGGAAGUGACCUGGGACAUACCCCCUCUGGAGACCCAGAAUGGACUCAUCCAAGGAUACAAGAUCCACUACUGGGAGAGAGACAAGCAGAACCAGACUGAGAAGGUGAAGGUGAUUUUUGUCCCGGACACCCGUGUCCAUCUCACUAACCUGACCAGCUACACACCUUAUCUGGUCACACUGACUGCCUUCAACACGGCAGGAGAUGGACCACCCAGUGACCCCCGCGGAGCCCGAACCCUGCAGUCUGCUCCCAGCCAGCCGAGCUUCCUCUCCUUCUCUGAGGUGACGGGAGGAAGUGUCAACGUGUCCUGGGGAGCUCCGCUCACUCCUAAUGGACAGCUGGAAGGCUACAGGGUCAUCUACCAGCCCACCGCUCCUGUCCAAGGGGUGAGUAAAGUGGUGACAGUGGACGUUAAAGGCAGCUGGCAGCGAUGGCUGAAGGUUCGGGACCUGAUCAAAGGAGCGACUUAUGGUUUCAGCGUUCAGGCUCUUACAGUCAGCUAUGGACCCCCUUUACAGGCAAACAUCACUGCUCAGCCUGUGAAAGGGUCCCCUGGGUCGCCCAUGGAAAUGACCAUCUCCAAGACGUCCUCGGAGCUCACUAUCCACUGGACGGAGGGAGACAUCGGUGCAGCUCCUGUGACUGGAUAUGUUAUCGAGGCUCGCCCCUCAGACGAAGGAAUGUGGGAUUCCUUCAUCAGACUGCUCCCUCCGAGCAGCAGGUCUGUUUCAGUGCCGCUGGAGCGCCUGAGGUCGGGGAUCAGCUACGAGUUCAGAGUCAUCGCUGUUAAUCGCUAUGGUUAUGGACAGCCGAGUACACCCUCUGCUGCUCUCGCUGCGCUGUCGGAGCGUCCCUUCUAUGAGGAGUGGUGGUUCCUGCUGGUCAUGGCUCUGGUGGGACUCAUCCUCAUUCUGGUGCUGGUCUUCACGCUGCUGCUGCACGGCCACAGCUCCAAGUACAAGGCCUGUGGUACAGGGAAGCACAUGUCCACGGCGGAGGAGUCUGUGACGUUGGACAACGGAGGUUUCACGGCUCUGGAGCUCAACAGCAGAACGCUAAACACCAAGAACUCCUUCCUGAAAAAGAACGGGACCAGGUCUCCUCCCAGGCCCAGUCCAGGUGGUCUUCACUACUCUGAUGAAGAUAUCUGUAACAACUACAAUGGAGCCGUGCUCACUGAGAGCACCACCCUCACAGAGAAACCCACUGAGGUCUCUGAGUCAGAGUUGACAGACAGCGACUACGAGGACGAGCAGCCGAAGCACUCCUUCGUCAACCACUACAUGAGCGACCCCACCUACUACAACUCCUGGAAGCGGCAGCCCAAAGGCCUUAAAGGGAUGGGCGCUCCAUUUGGCUACGAGGAGUGUGCCACCGCCGACACGGAGCCCUACUACCAGACCGUGGUCACCCAGCACAGCACAGGCGGCGCCUACACACCCACAGGGCAUCCAGCGCACACACACGUCAACCCCAACACCAACCCACCCCCGGGGUCACGCACCCCCGUCACGGGAUUCUCCUCAUUUGUUUGACUCUAGAGAACAAACCUGCACAAAAUAAUACACACAAACGUACACAUAAUGAAGGAGGGGGGCCGGCAUGUGUUUGGACUGAAGGAGACGGAGUCGGCGGCUUCGGAGGACGAGGUGAGGAGACGUGGGACGGACUGGUGUCGAAACAGCCCUUCAUGCCCCAAAGACCUAAAGUUACACUUCUCACUCGCCUUCUCCCCUCGUUCACAAAGACCCUGUGUCAACGAGUGUGUGUUGCUCUUUUACUCUUUACGCCUCUGUGUCACUGUGCUACACACACACUCACUGUUCUCGUUCCCCACACAUUCACGCCGCUACACGCCACCAGAUAUUCCAGAGACUCUCCGACGAGAGCCGAGAGCGACGACUAGAUGAGUCCGUUUGUGUUACUGUCGAGGGGAGAAUUCAGCCUCGAGCUGGUGGAACCUGGAACUUCUGCACAAAGCUCAUCCUCUGUUUUCUGUAUUUACACUCAAGUGCACAAGUACACACACAUUUCAGCAGCUCCCACUGGGAGAGAGGAACUCGAAGGUUGUGGAGAGUUAUUAAAAGACAGCACAGAAGGGAGCAGCUUUUGUUGACAGACCAAAAAGCGGAGCUGUCAGCUUUCAAAGACCACCACACAGAGGAAAAGAAAAAAUAACAAUCGAUAAUCACAGUUUUUGAACUUGAAGAGGACGGAGGGGAGUGUGGGCUGGGCUUCUGCAGCACUUACGGCAUUCUCAAUGGGAGUGUUGAGCGAUUUCUGAGAGCGAUGUGUGAUGUUUGAAUUUUGGGUUAGAAUAUAUGAAAACCGUGUUUUUUACCGUCUACACUCCUUAUACUGCAGCCUGCCAAGCCAUAAUGCUUGCACUGAGCCGAAAUCCCACACAUUUCAUCUCUAUUCUGUUCAAGUUUCAUUUUUUACAGGUUUGCGUGUGACGCGUGUGCAGCAGAGCAUGCGUGUAAAAUGGCUCUAUGCUCAGUUUAGAAGCCUGUUCAUCCGUCUGUGUUGUUCACUGCUAAGCAAAGUGUGCCAUUGUAUGUAUGUUUGUAUUUUUAGGAUGGAUUUUGUACAGGGAAACCCUUUUUACUUGUGUGCUGUUGUAUGUAGUUAGGCCAUGUUUGUGUAAUUCAGAGCAAAUAGUGAAAGAGCACUGGAGAAAGUCUACGUCCACGAACUGCUGAGAGAGCAAAGGAGGGGAUGGAGAGUUUGGAAAAAGCCUUGUUCCGUUCAGACUGAGUUUGGUUGAACUUUGAAUCGUCACUAUCUGAAGCCCGGCUUCUCCUCCAGGAGCAGCCAGGCUGACACACACACGUACUUUGUACUUCUCUUCAAGUGCAAACAAGGAUCAUGUGUAAGUUUUGGCUCAUGUUUAAUUUAAAGGUUCUUCACCCAGCCAGCCCGCCCGCCGGCCAGCGGCCGCCCUCACUCUGUCACGCUUGUUUUGAGCCCCAUGCAGUGUGUGAAUAAAUGGUCAUUGUUUACCAGAGUGUC